AUGGAUUCCCUCACAGUGGAUUCCGAGGACUCGCGAAGAUCGCGGAGGCCUCCCCAUAUCACGGUGAACUCAGGUAGUGGAGGGGAUAUACUUGACAGCAUGCGGUCUGACAAUAGUUCACCCUCGCCGUCUACAGCAGGCACCCCAGUGUCCUCAAGACAAUUAUUACCACAGCAGAGACCAGCGACGAGCCCAGCACCGCGGGGGGCUACGCCGGGCCCUUCAAUAUACGGUGCCCCCGAUGUGGCAGAGUCAUCGGAGAUGUUGCUCGCCCCUACGAGAGCACGAGGUGCUCGUUCCUACCAAGAUCUGCAAAAUGAUCCCAUAUCACGCACUGCAUCAGCAAUAUCGUCUGCGAGAACUAGUUGGAGUUCAGAUGCUGGAAGCAGAGACAGUCGGCAUGGGCCAUUCGCCUCGCCUUUCGAUGAUUCUAGAGCUCCUUCGCGGGCUGGUAGCGAUGACGAUAUCAACACCCAGACGGUAUCAGAGAAGUACAACAUCAUGCCCUCAGCCGGCCUGUUGCUCUUCCCCGAAGAUGUCGAGAAGGACGACUACCUACACAAUCCGGAUCCGAGCGACAAGGAGCGAGAAAAGUGCGAUUUCUGUUCGAAAAGAGGUAUUAUAAAUCUUGGAGGCUUGGCAUUCAUUACUCUUGGAGUUCUGGCAUUGUUCAUUGCGUACCCCGUUGUGACCGCCGUUAGAAAGGCAGUAGCACCAAAGGAGGUUUCUCCGGGCUGCUCCAGUGCAGUUGAUUGCUUGUCAGACAAAGUGCCCAUGCUGAAGAACGUAAGAUCUGGCCUCAUUGAUCCUGAUACCCCCAAGUCCGAAUAUACAAGGACAUCAAAUGAUGGCACAACACUUCAGCUCCAGUUCUCGGAUGAGUUCAACACGGACGGACGAACCUUCUACGAUGGCGACGACCCAUUCUUCCAGGGGGUGGACAUAUGGUAUGGUGUCACGCAGGAUCUCGAAUGGUACGAUCCAGAUGCCAUCUCAACCGAGAAUGGAACACUCAAUAUCAAGUUCGACGCGUUCCAAAGUCAUAACCUCAACUACCGUUCGGGUAUGUUGCAGUCAUGGAACAAACUGUGUUUCAAGGGCGGUCGAUUGGAAGCAAGCAUUUCGCUGCCUGGACGAGGUGACCUUUCCGGCUUCUGGCCCGGUUUCUGGGCUAUGGGUAACCUUGGAAGACCUGGAUAUCCUGCGACCACGGAAGGCAUGUGGCCCUACAGCUACUGGAAUGGAUGUGAUGCAGGCAUUACCGCAAAUCAGAGCUCUACGGACGGUAUAAGCUAUCUACCUGGAAUGCGUUUGCCAGCAUGCACCUGCAGCGGAGAAGAUCACCCUACACCUGGAAUCUCUCGAUCAGCUCCCGAAAUCGAUGCUGUCGAAGCUUCUGUUGGAUGGCUGGGUCCUGGGCAAUACGUGCGCGGAACUGGUGAGGUGUCUCAAUCCUUCCAGGUAGCCCCGUUUGAUAUCUUCUAUCAGCCGGACUACGACUAUGUAGAGGUCUAUGACACUGAGAUUACCAGCAUGAACACGUAUCGUGGUGGACCCUACCAACAAGCCUUCUCGGCGCUGUCGUGGUUGAACAACGAUUGGUAUGAUGGGAAGGCCUACCAGACCUUCGGCUUUGAAUAUAAUCCCGGGCCCCAGGGGGAUCUUAGUUGGUUUGUGGGAAAUGACUAUACGUGGAAGAUGGAUGCUCGGUCCCUUAAACCUAAUGGGAAUGUUGGACAGCGAAUUUUACCGGAGGAACCGAUGUCUCUCAUCGUUAACUUUGGUAUGUCGAACACGUUCGCCCAGGUCCUCUUGGCAAACCUCGCCAAGCUCCUACCUGCCACGAUGCGGGUCGACUACAUUCGAAUCUACCAAGAUCCCAACGAGGCGUCGGUGACAUGCGAUCCGGAGGGCUAUGAAACAACCGAGUAUAUUAAGGCUCAUCCCCUGGCGUAUAAUAACCCCAAUCUAACGAGCUGGGCGGACACAGGUUAUUCCUGGCCCCAAAACACAUUGGUGGAUGGCUGCACAGCGUGA